CUAACUAUAAAACAAAGCCCAUCGUCUCUCUCUCUCUCUCUCUCUCUCGCUUACAUCCUUCUCUCCCUUUUUGCUAACAAAGAACAAACAAAGCCAAAAAAGAAAAAAGAAAAAGAACAAUAGAAAUCUCGCUCUUUAUUUAAUCAUAUAAUUUCUUUUGUUUUUAUCAACACUCCAAAAUAGCAGCAAUGGAAGUUUAUGCAAAUUGUUAGCACGAUAGAAAUUUAGAAGUGAGAGAAACUAGGGAUUUCAAGAUAUAGUUUAUUAUUUCGAGAUCUUUCGCGACGAAUUCUUUUUCUCUUUUUUUUUUUUUGAACUGUAAUGGCGACGCCAUUUUCAGGAGUGGAUGGAGGAGGAGUAGCGGUAAUGGCGGGACCAGUGAAAGCAAUAGAUCCUUCUUCUACUUCUACGCCUUCGAAAAAUAAUAACAAUAAUAUUAAUAAGAAUUCAGCUCUUAAAUCUCCAAUUCUUAUUUUUCUUUUCUUUCAUAAAGCUAUUAGGUCUGAGCUCGAUGGACUCCACCGUGCCGCUAUGGCUUUUGCCACCAGUACUGGUGGUGAUAUUAAGCCUUUGCUUCAGAGAUAUCAUUUUCUUCGCGCGAUUUAUAAGCAUCACUGCAAUGCUGAAGACGAGGUUAUCUUUCCAGCUCUUGAUAUACGGGUGAAGAAUGUGGCAAGAACAUACUCUCUGGAACAUGAGGGAGAAAGUGUUCUUUUUGAUCAAUUAUAUGAGCUUCUGAAUUCCAAUAAGCAAAAUGAAGAAAGCUACCGCAGAGAGUUAGCUUCUCGUACCGGAGCUCUUCAAACAUCAAUUAGCCAGCAUAUGUCCAAGGAAGAGGAGCAGGUCUUUCCGUUGCUUAUUGAGAAAUUUUCUUUUGAAGAGCAAGCAUCGUUGGUAUGGCAAUUUCUGUGCAGUAUUCCUGUUAAUAUGAUGGCAGAGUUUCUUCCUUGGCUUUCUUCAUCUGUGUCAUCUGAGGAGUAUCAAGAUAUGCACAAAUGCUUGUGCAAGAUAAUCCCAAAAGAGAAACUUCUUCAUCAGGUAAUUUUUGCCUGGAUGAAAGGUGCAAAACUGUCCGAUAUGUGUACAGGUUGCAAAGAUGAUUCCAAGAUCUUGUGCGAAGAUUCAGGUCGACCAGCCUUAAUAUGUGAAAGCAAGAAGAUAAAUUGUGCAUGUGAAUCUUCUAGAAUUGGUAAAAGGAAAUAUAUGGAGCUCACUUCUGAUCUUGCGGAUUCAACUUCGUUCCAUCCCAUUGAUGAUAUUUUGCUUUGGCAUGCUGCAAUAAGAAGAGAGUUGAAUGACAUAGCUGAAGCAGCUAGAAAGAUACAACUUUCUGGAGAUUUCUAUGAUCUGUCUGCAUUCAAUGAAAGGCUGCAGUUCAUUGCAGAAGUUUGCAUAUUUCACAGUAUUGCUGAGGACAAAGUUAUAUUCCCCGCUGUAGAUGCAGAACUCAAUUUUGCCGAGGAGCAUGCAGAAGAAGAAAUUCAGUUCGACAAGCUUAGAUGUCUGAUAGAGAGCAUUCAAAGUGCUGGAGCAAAUACAUCUCAUACUGAAUUCUACACAAAAUUGUGUAUGCAAGCUGAUCAUAUCAUGGAUUCCAUACAGAAACACUUCCAAAAUGAGGAAGCUCAGGUUCUCCCACUUGCUCGAAAGCAUUUUAGUGCCAAAAGACAGCGUGAACUUCUUUAUCAAAGCUUAUGUGUGAUGCCCUUGAAAUUGAUUGAAUGUGUCUUACCAUGGUUGGUAGGAUCACUUAGUGAGGAAGAAGCCAAGUCUUUUCUUCAAAACAUGUAUAUGGCAGCUCCAGCUUCAGAUUCUGCAUUAGUUACGCUUUUUUCUGGUUGGGCUUGCAAAGGUUGUCCUAGGAGCACUUGUUUAUCUUCAGGUGCAAUUGGUUGUUGUCCUGCAAGAAUUCUAACUGGAGCACAGGAGGAUAUCAAAAAAUCAUGUUGUGAUUGCAAUCCUACGUUAUCCAUCAAUGAGAAGCCUUCUUUUAUCCAAACAGAAGAAGUAGAUGACAGAAGACGGCCGGUUAAGCGCGGAAACUUAUUAUUACAGGAAGAUAAUAAUGCUUGUCAUUCUUUAGAGACUAUUCCCAAAUUUCCUUGUGGUAAUAAGGCAUGUUGCGUCCCUGGGUUAGGAGUGAACAACAGUAAUCUAGGAAUUAGUUCUCUUUCUGCAGCAAAAUCUCUGCGUUCCUUGACUUUUAGUCCUUCUGCUCCCUCCAUCAACUCUAGUCUUUUUAAUUGGGAAACAGAUAUAAGUCCCACUGAUACAACUUGUGCAUCACGUCCAAUCGAUAACAUAUUUAAAUUUCAUAAAGCCAUCCGCAAGGACUUGGAAUAUUUGGACGUUGAAUCAGGAAAACUUAAUGAUUGUAAUGAAGCUUUGCUCAGGCAGUUUACGGGUAGAUUUCGUCUCUUAUGGGGUUUAUACAGAGCUCACAGUAAUGCAGAGGAUGAUAUAGUUUUUCCAGCAUUAGAAUCUAAAGAGACGCUCCAUAAUGUUAGCCACUCUUACACUCUGGACCACAAGCAGGAAGAGAAACUAUUUGAAGAUAUCUCAUCUGCGCUCUCUGAGCUUACAAAAUUUCAAGAAUGCCUGAAGAGUGCUAGGAUUUCUGAUGAUCUAACUGGAAAUGGUUAUGAUGCUUCUGGUCAUAGUGAUGAUACUUUUAGGCAGUAUAAUGAGCUUGCAACAAAGCUUCAGGGCAUGUGCAAAUCCAUACGAGUAACACUGGAUCAACAUGUUUUCAGGGAAGAACUUGAGUUGUGGCCUUUAUUUGACAUGCAUUUUUCAGUGGAGGAACAGGAUAAAAUUGUUGGACGAAUAAUUGGUUCUACAGGUGCAGAGGUGCUUCAGUCGAUGCUGCCAUGGGUUACAUCUGCUCUUACUCUGGAGGAGCAGAACAAAAUGAUGGAUACAUGGAAAAAUGCGACAAAAAACACAAUGUUCAGUGAGUGGCUCAAUGAAUGGUGGGAGGGUACUUCUGCUGCAGCUUCACAAGCAACAUCAGAGAGCUGUAUAUCCCUAGGUGCUGAUCUCCAUGAAAGCUUGGAUCACAGCGAUCAUACAUUUAAGCCUGGCUGGAAAGAUAUUUUCCGGAUGAAUCAAAAUGAACUGGAAGCAGAAAUAAGAAAAGUCUCUCGUGAUUCAUCUCUUGAUCCAAGAAGAAAAGCGUACCUCAUUCAAAAUCUGAUGACGAGUCGCUGGAUAGCUGCUCAGCAGAAGUCACCUCAAGCAAGAACUGAUGAAUGCUCAAACAGUGAAGACUUACUUGGAUGUUUUCCUUCAUUUCGUGAUCUAGAGAAACAAAUUUUUGGAUGUGAGCAUUACAAGCGAAACUGUAAACUUCGUGCUGCCUGCUGCAGCAAGUUAUUUACGUGCAGGUUCUGCCACGAUAAAGUCAGUGACCAUUCAAUGGAUAGGAAGGCUACAACUGAAAUGAUGUGUAUGCGCUGCCUGAACAUUCAGCCCAUUGGACCAGCUUGCACUACACCUUCUUGUGGCGGUUUGCAAAUGGCGAAAUACUAUUGCAGUAUCUGUAAAUUUUUUGAUGAUGAAAGGGAUAUUUAUCAUUGUCCUUUCUGCAAUUUAUGUCGCGUUGGAAAUGGACUUGGUGUUGACUUCUUUCAUUGCAUGAAGUGUAAUUGUUGCCUGGCAAUGAAAUUACUGGAUCACAAAUGCCGAGAGAAAGGCAUGGAGAUGAAUUGCCCGAUUUGUUGUGACUGUUUGUUCACGUCAAGUUUAAGUGUUAAAGCUCUUCCUUGCGGCCAUUUUAUGCAUUCAAAUUGCUUUCAGGCAUAUACUUGCAGUCACUACAUUUGUCCAAUUUGUAGCAAAUCCCUGGGAGAUAUGUCGGUUUACUUUGGUAUGCUUGAUGCACUAUUGGCUUCUGAGGAGCUUCCAGAAGAAUACCGGGAUCGCUGUCAGGAUAUAUUGUGCAAUGACUGUGAGAAGAAGGGUACAGCACCAUUUCACUGGUUGUACCAUAAGUGCAGGUAUUGUGGAUCUUAUAAUACUAGAGUAAUCAAGGUUGAUUCAACAAAUUCACACUGCUCAACUUCAAACCAGUGAGGGCAUAACUUUCUUAUAGCUGAAAUAGGUUAACACCUCAGUGCAUAAAUCUCAAUUGUCCAUUCCACAUGGCUUUGUAAAUCAUACGUCAUUACAAUAGUUAAUUCAAUAUUUCAAUUUUUCCACCUGCACUGGAUCCACCCAUUCCACCUAUUCAUGGUGGAUGGGCCCCAUAUUAUAUACUCCAUGAUCUUUUUGCUGUU